AUGGCCGCGGCAAGGCAAUUUCCGACUAUCAAGGCCAUCCGGUCCUUUGUCAUUGGUGGUGUUGGUUCAGGCGGCGAUUAUCACAACGUCAAAGGAGGCCACUGGUUGAUUGACUCGCCCAUCUCCACCCCAUGCUCUCAAUGGGAAAAGUACCGAGCAUCACGGACCAGCUGGGGCAUCAACGUGCUGGGCUCCUUCUUCGUUGAGAUCGAGGCUACAGAUGGAACAGUCGGUUUUGCUACAGGGUUUGGCGGGCCGCCGGCAUGCUGGCUGGUCCACCAGCACUUCGAGCGCUUUCUGAUCGGGGCCGACCCGCGCAACACGAACCACCUCUUCGAGCAGAUGUACCGCGCCUCCAUGUUUUACGGCCGCAAGGGGCUUCCGGUUGCCGUCAUUUCCGUCAUCGACCUUGCCCUCUGGGACCUGCUGGGCAAGAUCCGCGGCGAGCCCGUGUACAAGCUCAUCGGCGGAAACACCAAGGACCGCAUCGACUUCUACUGCACCGGCCCCGAACCCGCCGCAGCCAGGGAUAUGGGCUUUUGGGGCGCCAAGGUGCCGCUCCCUUACUGCCCUGAGGAAGGGCACGCCGGCUUGAAAAAGAACGUCGAGUUCCUCCGCAAGCACCGCGAGGCCAUCGGCCCGGACUUCCCGCUCAUGGUCGACUGCUACAUGUCGCUCAACGUGCCCUACACCAUCGCGAUCGCCAAGGCUUGCGAGGACCUCAACAUCAACUGGUGGGAGGAGUGCCUCAGCCCGGACGACACGGACGGGUUCGAACAGAUCAAGCGGGCGCACCCGACCAUCAAGUUCACGACGGGCGAGCACGAGUACUCACGGUACGGCUUCCGCAAGCUGAUCGAGGGCCGCAACCUUGACAUCAUCCAGCCGGAUGUCAUGUGGUUGGGCGGGAUGACGGAGCUGCUGAAAGUGUCAGCCAUGGCGGCGGCCUACGACAUCCCCGUGGUCCCGCAUGCCAGCGGGCCGUAUAGUUACCACUUUGUCAUCAGCCAGCCGAACACGCCGUUCCAGGAGUACCUUGCCAACUCGCCGGACGGCAAGAGCGUGCUACCGGUGUUUGGAGAUCUGUUUCUAGACGAGCCGAUCCCCACCAAGGGGUACCUUACGGCGGCCGACUUGGACAAGCCCGGCUUUGGGCUGACGCUGAACCCCGCGGCGAGAGCGAAACUCAUCCCGAGCACCUACCUGCUGACCCUGCCGACAAACUCUCUUAGCCCACCAGUGGAGCAUGCGCCAACCAAGAAUGGAACCAAUGGCAUCGUGGAUGGCGUGGCGGGAAGUAAGGCGGCCGGGCAAUAG